AGCCAGACCUGGGUCAGAGGGUACACGGGACGCUCGCAAGGUACCAAGCUGUCGUCCUGAAUCGAGUGUACGUAGCGAACAUCUCGUAACUGAACUGGGUGUGUAUGAGGAAGACGCCAAACUCGUUUCUCCAGUUUUCCUCGACUCUUCUAUGAACCGAACAUAGUUGGUUAAGUCGAAUCGUGUGAAUCGGGUCCAAUCAUAAUUCGAAAUUUUUGAACAUGACAACCCCUGGGAAAGUUGGUUUGGUCGGGUCGGGUCUGGUCGGCAAGAGCUGGGCCAUGAUUUUCGCUUCCGUGGGAUAUGAGGUUUGGAUGUACGAUAUCAAGCAAGAACAAUUGGAUAAAGCGGUUAGUGACAUCGGCUUGGAGGUCGAGAAAUUUGAGAAGGAGGGAACCCUUCGUGGAACCCUACCCGCCCAUCAGCAAAAGACCCUAAUCCACGUUACAACGGAUCUCAAAGAAUGCAUCACAGGUGCUGUGUACAUCCAAGAGUCCGUUCCCGAGGAUUUGGAAUUGAAGAAAAAAAUCUGGACCGAGAUUGACGGUCUUGUGGAUUCGGCCAAGAUGAUUCUGGCCUCCUCGACCUCGUGCAUCGUUCCUAGCUUGAUUUCAAAGGAUCUUCGCCAUCGAGAACAAUUUAUUGUCGCCCAUCCAGUAAACCCGCCCUAUCAUGCCCCCAUGACCGAAUUGGUCCCUGCCCCCUGGACCAAUGAAUUCACUCAAACUGAAGCCCGAACCCUAAUGACUCGGGUGGGUCAAGUACCUGUCUCUUUGUCUCGGGAGCUGCCCGGAUUUGUUCUUAAUCGGAUGCAAUAUGCUCUGUUGAACGAAUGCUGGAGACUUCUGGCCAAUAAGGUGGUCUCAGUGGACGACCUCGAUGUGGUCAUGCGAGAUGGCCUAGGCUUGAGAUACGCCUUCAUGGGUCCUAUGGAAACCAUCCAUUUGAACGCCCCCAACGGAGCCGCACAAUAUUGCCAAACCUAUGGAAACACCAUCUACAAGGUGAGCCAAGACCUGGGGCCGGUGCCUGAAGCUUGGAAGAUGGAAACGGAUGAACAUAAGAAAGAGGUGGAAGAGAUCACGAAGCAAUUGGAGACUUUGUAUCCCCCGAAGGACUUGGAUGAACGCAAGCUUCGUAGGGAUACUUGCCUUGCAGCCUUGGCCAAACUGAAGAGGGGUCUGCCAAAGUGAAUAUCAAUCUCUGUUCUUCACUGUAUGAUGGGUCCAUGCGAUAUUAUCACUUUCGAUGCAUGUAAAAUACACCAAAACACUCCUG